UCUACAGCCCGAUGCUGCGAUGUGGAAGAAGGAAAAGGAAAGGGGAGUCUCCGUUCAGCGGGUCGACAUCGCUGGGAGAGGCGCUGCCACCAUCCCCACCGCGCGCCCCGUCCGAACCCGACCGCGCAAAGCAAUGAGCUUUCGCCGGCCCCAGCCCCCGCUAUUUAUCCGAACGCCAGCGCUCCGCCCCUCGCUCCCCAGGCCAACCAGAGCCCCCGUCGCGGUCGGAGUGACAGACACUGCCCGCCCCAGAGUCAUCUGUCCGUCCAAUCAGACCAAGGCGGUUCCUUUGUCCUAUUCAAAUAACGAACGGACCCAGGGCCGCUGCCGGCGCCGCAGUCAGCGCUGCCUGGAAUGUUCUCAGGAGAGAGGGUUGGAGCUGCUGGAGCCCGGAAGGCUGAACCUGCAGCUGCCCCUUGUCCAGGACCGCAAUGGCUGUAAGAGACAUACACCCUACCCCCUCCACGCUCCUCUGCUUGCAAAAAUAAACAAAGAGAAACAAAGCCACAGCUAUUCUUUCCUUCCCUUCCGCGACACAGCCCUCCAGGCUCCCUAUGGAGCUGUUACUGAGCGCUCACCUGCGCGGCGGCUCCUCCCCUUCCCCGGCCGCUCAGUCUCACCUGCGGCAGGUGUGUGCGCGCGCCCCCUCCCGCGCUCUCCUCGCAAGGAGGUUCCCGCCCACGGGCACGUGACCUGCCCCUUCGGCGAUCCCCCGCAUGACACCUGCACUGACAGAAGCUCGCACAGGUUCGGCUUUCUCUCGAGGCCCUGUUUUCGAGUGUGCAAGAGUCAUAUCCAUUUCCUUGGAUGUCAUUGAUUCUUAGGAGUGGGAGCAUCAUCCUUGAAGAAACAGGAAACAAAAAUCUUUGUGGCUACCUACCACUGUUGUAAAUGAGUGUUAUCUAAAAUCUCAGAAUUCCCAAUGAUUGUAGGAUCAUAGAUGUAGAGCUUGAAGGGACUUUGGAGGGCAGCUAGGCCAACCUUCUAAUUUUACAGAUGAGAAAACUAGGGCCCAAAGAGGUUAUGUGACUUGCCCAGAGUCACACAAGCAGUAGGGAGUAGAGUGGGGAUUUACAUGGCAUUGUAUAAUCUCCCUUGAUAACCUAUAUCUGUUCACAAUUCAGUUCAACAGGCAUUUAUUAAGUGCCUUCUGUGAGCCAGGCAUUAGGCCCCUCCACUAAAGAAAUAUGUUGUAGAAUUUCUCUGCUAUGAAAAACCUGGGAAGACUUACAUGAGCUGAUGCAAAGUGAACUGAGCAGAGCUAGGAAAUCGUUGUAUACAGUGAUAGUAGUAUUGUAUGAUGAUCAACUGUGGAUGAUUUAU